AUGCCGUCCAAACGCAACAAGCAACUUCCCUUGCAGCCGAAGUACAACAGACCCAAUGAGCCUGUACGCAUCAACGAAGGUCAAGCAGCGAGGGCUCGGGGCGACAAAGCUAGUGGUGCCUGGAGAUUCCCAAAAAACCUAACCAUCAAGAACCCGGCCCAGAUCAUUGCUACCAUCAGUGGUGCUACGAAUACGUCCAUCUGGUACGAUGAAAAGUUCGAAUUCUUCUUUUGGGGUUCUCCUGAUAAUGUGGCCCGCGCCAAAGUCGACCUUGAGACCAACAUCAUACAAGACAAUCCGACAUUUCAACAUCGCUAUCAAUCGAUUGGCCCCCCUCGCGAUGCUCAAUUCGAAGCAAUGGGAUCUUUUGUAUGGCCAUCCAAGGAAUAUUCGCCAGAGAAGGAACUGGGAGAACGCAACUUCGAUCGUCUGAAUCAGAUCCGCCAGGAGAACAAUUGUCAUAUCGAGUAUGACGUCUCUCGUUCAUCCUUCAUCGUCAGAGGUAGCGCAGUGCGAGACGUGCAAGAAGCGCUUCUCCGCAUCAAGGGCCUUCUUUGCAAGGUAGUUGCUCAAAGCAGUCCGAUUCAGAGACUUUAUCUUAUCCAAAACGAUUGCCCGACACUCAGUCUCAAAGACCACGCCCUUCCGCUGGUUUACACAUCUGGCGGGAUGCAGCAACCACGUUUUGGAAAGACUGCAAAGAGUAAAGACAGCAUACUGAAGCAGGAAGAUGUCCUGGUGAAUGCCAGACUGAUGAAGGAUCGCGUUAUGCAGACACUGAGCAAAGUUCAUUGGCACCAAGGUCACAUUGAUUUCAGAGUCCACCUUGGUACGCUGGUCUUGCUGAGCUACAAGCCGUUCACGCAGAUCAACCUGGCCGACUACAAGGACAUGUUGGCAGAUUCCUACAACUUCCGAGCCAAAGUCACCGAAGAACUUGGUGACAAAGAGCUUGAGAACAGCCUCCUCCACCGGUUCCUCAGCGCCACGGACUCACUCGAUCCCUGCGACAGAUUCACCAACGACCUUGCCGACACUAAGCCUGAGUACACGGCCUCAAUCGAAGUCGAUCUCAAAGACGGUCGUGGCAAUGUAUUGAUCACAAAGAAGUGGCAUCAGGACAACGGUACCUUCAGACAAUCUGAACCCGAGUACAAGAGGCUGGAAGGAAAUUUCGGCCGUACCAGGUUUCUCGAGGUGUGUGUGACGGACACGGUCACUGAUCUCACCUGGCUACUCGACAUCUCGGCGCUCAAAGUGCAAGAGUCUACACAUCUUCCGCAAUGGAUUCGGGAGCAUGGCGAUUACUACGUCAACAUAGAUGCCGAGAAGGCCCGGCUCGCACACUCUUUUUGCGAGUUUGAGACCUUGGGGAGAAUACCAAAACCUCUUCCCAACAAGAGAGCUAUCAGAGAGAAAAUCAUCUGGAGGUUUGAGAUGAAGGCACCCUACAUCGGAUACGAAGUAGAACUGGCCAAAGUGUUCAACAAGGGCUACACACCUACACCGGGUGCGGUUGGAGGCAGGGAAGCAGUCACAUGGUUCGAGGAGCGCUGGACUGUCGAUGUCAAGCAUCGUCAGUGGUCCACUCAACUUGCUGAGAACCACGAGCUUCGUGUUGGUAAGGGCGCGGAGUGGAAGGCGGACAUCCAGAGCUGGUUCCCAGUGGACUCGGACGACAGACAGGAGAAGCUCAAGGGUCAUAUUGUGCUUUUGCAAGUGCUGCAGCGCGUGCAGGACAUAGUUACUGGAAGAAGUCACUGA